AUGCAUCCUAGUGCUCUACUGGGCCUGAUGGCCUUUGUGGCCGCCAUCUCAGCCUUCCCCACGGCGCCUGACAGUGCCCACUCGAGUCCCUCGAUCCGCAACCUGAAGGCCAACAUCAAGAACGUCGUCAUCUUGGUCAUGGAGAAUCGCUCCUUCGACAAUCUGCUCGGCGGUCAGAAGCACAAGGGCCUCGACAACCCAAUCAACGCUGGACCCUUCUGCAACCCGUACAAUCUGACCGAUGCGUCACAGGGUGUCGGCUGCACGGGAGCUAGGGAUUUCGAUUCUGUAAUAAAUGACCCGGACCACGCUAUCUACGGUAACAAUAUUGAGUUCUAUGGCGACUACAACCCGGACAAUACCCUCAUCGCCGAGGGUAAGCUGGUCCCUCAUCAGCAAGGGUUCCUGCACGAGCAGAUGCGCCUAUACGGCGCCAAGCAGAACAAGACAUUUCUCGCUGCAGAGGUCAUGAAUUACUAUACUGAAGACCAGGUACCGGUGCUCACCACACUAGUGCAGAACUAUCUCACCUUCAACCACUGGCAUGCAGAUAUCCCUGGCAACACCGAUCCUAACCGUGCGGUCCUCGUGUCCGGCACCUCGUAUGGCCACGGCCUGAAUGAUGCCGACUUCGGCAACCAUGCCCUCCCCCAGCGCUCCAUCUUUCAGCAACUCACUGAGAACGGCCACUCGUGGAUCAACUAUCACGAUCCCAAGGGCGGCACCGGCCCGGAUGCUGGCUACUUCAACUGGACCUAUGCAAGCAACAAUGCUGACAAGAUUGUGCCACUGGCUAACUUCUACACCGAUGCGGCGGCCGGCAAGUUGCCUGAGCUUGCGUACCUUAACCCGUCCUGCUGCGGUGUCGGCACAAACUCGAUGCAUCCAUCUGGAUUAAUCUCCGAUGGUGAAGCAUUGAUUCGGGAUGUCUAUGAUGCCCUCCGCAAUAGUCCGCAGUGGAAGGAGUCACUGUUCAUCCUGACCUUUGACGAGAGCGGCGGUUUCCAUGAUCACGUCCCUGCACCACUGGCUCCUCGUCCGGAUAACCUAACCUUUACACUGAACACGCCCACUGGCCAGCCUUACACGUUCCCGUUCGACAGGCUCGGCGGACGUGUUCCCACACUGCUAAUCUCCCCAUGGGUGUCCAAGGGCCACGUUGAGCAGAAGGGCAACAGCGUCCACGGUAAGGCAGUGUCGUAUUCGUCCGCAUCAAUCCUGCGCACUCUCGGCUAUCUAUGGGACUUUGAGCCGUUCACCCCACGGGUGGAGCAUGCCGCUUCAUUUGAGCAUUUGAUUCGGAAAAAGGUGAGGUCGAAUACGCCAACUGCGCUGCCCAGCCCGGUGCCUUUCAAGUAA